CACGUGACCCUCGCCCCGCGGGAGCCAAGGCGCGAUCCGGCUCCCGCAGCCCGAGGGAGGGAGGGAGGGGGGAGCCCCGCUGUGCCCACGCACACCCCAGCCAGGCUCGACCAUGCUGUCCCGCCUGCUCAAGGAACACCAGGCCAAGCAGAACGAACGCAAGGAGCUGCAGGAGAAGAGGCGGCAAGAGGCCAUCACCGCAGCGACCUGCCUGACCGAAGCUUUGGUGGACCACCUCAAUGUGGGUGUGGCCCAGGCCUACAUGAACCAGAGGAAGCUGGACCAUGAGGUGAAGACCCUACAGGUCCAGGCUGCCCAGUUUGCCAAGCAGACGGGCCAGUGGAUUGGAAUGGUGGAGAACUUCAACCAGGCACUUAAGGAAAUCGGGGACGUGGAGAACUGGGCUCGGAGCAUCGAGCUGGACAUGCGCACCAUUGCCACUGCCCUGGAGUACGUCUACAAAGGGCAGCUCCAGUCCGCCCCGUCCUAGCCCCUCUCCACCCGCCCCGACGGGAGGGAGACUGGUGGGGCCAUCAAUAAAACACAAGCUUCCGUUCUA